AUGCCUCUGAUAUAUGGGAUGAUUUUACUUUCCUUGGCUCUCUUCAAGGCAGCAGAGUACUGGCGAAUGUCGCCCGAAUUUGGAGGCUUUUAUCUUGUCAAAGUCCUCAUCGAAGACCAAAUUCUGUAUUACACCUUCGUCGUAUUUUGUUGCAUAAUGAACAUAGUGGAGCUCCGAAUCUCGAAUAUCAAUCCUUUCGUCGCACACCUCCUCACCGCAACUGGAAAUCCAGCUCUUCUCUGUGUCCUCGGAAGUCAUUUAUCAAUUAAUUUAAAGGAGGCAGGAGAGAGAGAACGGAACGAGGAAACUACGAACAGCGAUAUUGAAUUUGCCACAGUGGCUUGUUCGAAUGAGGAAAGCACAUUGAGUGCUUAG